AUGGGAAAAGGGGACCAAGAGACCUAGUCCUUAACUAUUUCCAUGCAAUAACAAGGCAUUGAGAAAAUUAAUAAAUAAAGUAGAAAAGUUGUAAAAUUAAUAAAAAUGGCAAAGAUUUUCUGAGAUUUGAAGUCUCAGUGUGGGGAAGAAACAGAUGCCUCAGCCUCAGCUCCUUCUUUAAUGCUUCUUCUGAUCUCUUUCUCUUCCUUCUCUCUCAACUUUCAAAAUCAUAAAACAAAAGAAAUCAAGGUAUUGCAUAGAGAAACAAAGUUAGCGAUAGACCCGAGGAAGAAGAUUCACAUAAACCCCUCAAUUUCAGUGCUUUUCUCAAAAUUACUUUCAACGAAAACAAAAUGUUAUUAGAGUAUAAUGUGAGAGAUAGGAGAUGAGGAAAACUCAAGCCAAACGACAGCGUAUUCCCCGGAGAGGACCUGGCGUUGCCGAGCUUGAGAAGAUCCUCAAGGAGCAAGAAAGCGGUGCCGCCACUGAUCAUCAACACACUUCUUCGCCCCACACUAAUUCUACUUCUACUGCUGCUACUACUACUACUCAUCCCUUGUCAUUAAACCCUCCACGGCCUCCGCCACCGCCUCCGCCUCCGCCGCUUGUUCAGAUAAUGACGCCGUCGCCGCCGCCGCUCCCGCGUGACUAUGUUGCUUGGUCGAAUAAUCUUCCGUUGUUUCCAACUCUUGAAUUUAUUCCCCCGCCUUAUCUGCCAACGGUCGUUACCGAAAAACCCUUGUUUCCGACGACACGAAUGUCGGAGUCACAGCUGAAUUUGGCUCCGUAUUUUCUCCCGAGUUUUCAAUACUCUGCUUCGUCCUUCAAUCCUGACCAAUAUUAUAAUCCGAUGGUGAAUGUUAAUCAAGGAUCUGGAUCAUCGUGUCCGUCAGCGACGUCAUCGUCGGCGGGGAGACAUUUUCGUGAAAUAGAGCACCCUUCAAGCCAAAUAUCUACGGAUUUCAACAACAUUUGGAACUCGCCGGAGGAAGAAGAAAAGAUGGUGAAUGCAAAGAGGGUGAUACCCUUUUUGGAAGAAAGCCACAGGGAGGAAGCAAAUAAUAAUAAUAACAAUAAUAUCAUAGAGAAGAUGAGAGUUGAAAACAAUAUUAUGGGAACCAAAGAUUCAUCUUCAUCUUCUUCUUCUUCCAUGGAAACUAAUUGCUCUCCAUUUCAUUUUCAUUCAAACUUCAGAGGUACAAAAAGGGGUUUAGGAGGCCAAUCAAGGAUGAGUAACACAAAAAGAAGUGGAAGGUAUCAAUUAGGAGAUCAAGAAAGCAAUUUGAUGGCAUUAGGAUCUUCAUCUUCCUCAGCUCCAAAUGAAAUUCCAACCUUCAAUAUUUUCCAUCUCCCCCAAGAAACCAUGGAGGUUCCACAGCAUAGAGAUGAAGGAGGAUGUCCCUCAGAUUACUACAAACUUAACUUCAACUCCUCCUUAUAUGAAUCAAACUCAAACACAAAGGGCAACAGAGAAGUUGGCAUGAUCAGCUCUGGAGCCGGAUCCGAAGCCGAAGCCGAAGCUGAAGGCAUCGAUCUGAAUUUGAAGCUGUAAUGUUGUUUGUUCUGAAGGAAUUAAAAAGCCUUGACAAAGAGAUAUUUCAAAGAUGUUUGUAACCGAAAAAAAUAUACAUACAUACACGAUUUAAGGCUCUCAAUUUCCUAUAUUAAUUUAGUUGUAGACUACCUGUAGUUUUAGUGUAGAGAGCUACAUUUGGAUAGAUGUUUCCCAAUGUCUUACUUUAGAGUUUCAAGAUUCUUUUAGGGAGUUCUUCUCUGAUGAAUUAUAUGUAAGAGAUCAAGUGGUGGGAGUGGAGCAGAGCAAAUAUGUAUAAAUGUAUGGUAAUUGACAUGCAUGCAUUUUGAGAUUGAAGAUUUAAAUGCACCUUGUUCAUUUAUUGUACUCUCGUCUUAGAGUGGAAGGUACUGUUUAGAAUAAAUAGAUGUCAAUCUCA